GCAGGCGCGGCCUGGCGGCUGGUGAAGCCGCAGCAUCCCUGGCGCGGGCGUGUCCCAGCGGCUCUCUUCGUCCUCCUCCUCCUCGCCGUCCUUCUCGUCCCCAUCCUCCCGGGCGGCCGGUGCGAUGGCAAAGCCGCUGACGGACGGCGAGAGGCGGAAGCAGAUCAGCGUGCGCGGGCUGGCGGGGCUGGGCGACGUGGCAGAGGUGCGGAAGAGCUUCAACCGGCACCUGCAUUUCACGCUCGUCAAGGACCGCAAUGUCGCCACGCGCCGCGACUACUACCUGGCACUGGCGCACACCGUGCGGGACCACCUGGUGGGCCGCUGGAUCCGCACGCAGCAGCGCUACUACGAGCGCGACCCCAAGCGCAUCUACUAUCUGUCCCUGGAAUUCUACAUGGGCCGCACCCUACAGAACACGAUGGUGAACCUGGGCCUCCAGAAUGCCUGCGAUGAAGCCAUCUAUCAGUUGGGACUGGAUUUGGAAGAACUGGAGGAAAUAGAAGAGGAUGCUGGCCUGGGGAAUGGAGGCUUGGGGAGGCUGGCAGCCUGCUUCCUUGACUCGAUGGCCACCCUGGGCCUGGCGGCGUACGGCUAUGGGAUCCGCUAUGAGUUUGGGAUUUUCAACCAGAAGAUUGUCAAUGGCUGGCAGGUGGAGGAGGCCGAUGACUGGCUGCGCUACGGGAACCCCUGGGAGAAGGCGCGGCCGGAGUACAUGCUGCCCGUGCACUUCUACGGGCGCGUGGAGCACAGCCCCGAAGGCGUGCGCUGGCUGGACACGCAGGUGGUGCUGGCCAUGCCGUAUGACACCCCGGUGCCAGGCUACAAGAAUGACACCGUCAACACCAUGAGGCUGUGGUCUGCCAAGGCGCCCAACGACUUCAAGCUCCAUGACUUCAACGUGGGCGGCUACAUCGAGGCGGUCCUGGACCGGAACCUGGCCGAGAACAUCUCCAGAGUCCUGUAUCCCAACGACAACUUCUUUGAAGGGAAGGAGCUGCGGCUGAAGCAGGAGUACUUUGUGGUGGCCGCCACCCUGCAGGACAUCAUACGGCGCUUCAAGUCGUCCAAGUUCGGCUGCCGCGACCCUGUGAGGACCUCCUUCGAGACGUUCCCAGACAAGGUGGCCAUCCAGCUGAACGACACCCACCCGGCCCUCGCCAUCCCCGAGCUCAUGCGGAUCUUGGUGGACGUGGAGAAGGUGGACUGGGACAAGGCCUGGGAAAUCACAAAGAAGACUUGUGCGUACACCAACCACACGGUGCUGCCUGAGGCCUUGGAGCGCUGGCCGGUGUCCAUGUUUGAGAAGCUGCUGCCGCGGCACCUGGACAUCAUCUACGCCAUCAAUCAGAGGCACCUGGACCAUGUGGCCGCCCUGUUCCCUGGGGACGUGGACCGCCUGCGGAGGAUGUCGGUGAUUGAGGAAGGGGACUGCAAGCGGAUCAACAUGGCGCACCUGUGUGUCAUCGGGUCCCACGCCGUCAACGGCGUGGCAAGGAUCCACUCGGAGAUUGUGAGGCAGUCAGUUUUUAAGGACUUUUACGAGCUGGAGCCGGAGAAGUUCCAGAAUAAGACGAACGGCAUCACGCCCCGCCGCUGGCUGCUCCUGUGUAACCCGGGGCUGGCAGAGACCAUCGUGGAGAGGAUCGGGGAGGGUUUCCUGACAGACCUGAGCCAACUGAAGAAGCUGUUGCCGCUGGUCGGGGACGAGGCACUCAUCAGGGACGUGGCCCAGGUCAAGCAGGAAAACAAGGUCAAGUUCUCCGCCUUUCUGGAGAAGCAGUACGGGGUGAAGGUCAACCCCUCAUCCAUGUUCGACGUGCACGUGAAGCGGAUCCAUGAGUACAAACGGCAGCUGCUCAACUGCCUGCACGUGGUCACCUUGUACAACCGAAUAAAGAAGGACCCGGCCCAGGCCUUUGUGCCCAGGACUGUCAUGAUUGGGGGCAAGGCAGCGCCCGGCUACCACAUGGCUAAGAAGAUCAUCAAGCUGGUCACAUCCAUUGGUGACAUCGUCAACCAUGAUCCGAUUGUGGGCGACAGGCUCAAAGUGAUCUUCCUGGAAAACUACCGGGUGUCCUUGGCCGAGAAAGUCAUCCCCGCCGCCGACCUGUCUCAGCAAAUCUCCACCGCGGGCACUGAAGCCUCAGGCACGGGCAACAUGAAGUUCAUGCUCAACGGGGCCCUCACCAUCGGCACCAUGGACGGGGCUAACGUGGAGAUGGCCGAGGAGGCCGGGGCCGAGAACCUCUUCAUCUUUGGCCUGCGGGUGGAGGACGUGGAGGCCCUGGACCAGAAAGGGUACAACGCCCGCGAGUACUACGACCGCCUGCCCGAGCUGCGGCAGGCCGUGGACCAGAUCAACAGCGGCUUCUUCUCCCCCAGGGAGCCCGACUGCUUUAAGGACGUUGUCGACAUGCUGCUGAACCAUGACAGGUUCAAGGUGUUUGCGGAUUAUGAAGCGUACGUGGCGUGCCAGGCCCGGGUGGACCAGCUGUACCGGAACCCCAAGGAGUGGACCAAGAAGGUCAUCAGGAACAUUGCCUGCUCGGGCAAGUUUUCCAGUGACCGGACCAUCACAGAGUACGCCCGCGACAUCUGGGGCGCGGAGCCGCCUGCCUUGCAGGCCCCACCGCCCAGCCUCCCCAGGGACUAGGCCCCAGCCUCGGGACCAGCUUUCAUCCCCUUGCUGACUCUGCCCGUUGUCUCCAAGCAUUUUGCUAGCGCCCUGCUUCUUUCAGUGCCACUUCCAGGAGGGUUGGGGGAAUCGUGGUGGUGGCUUUGAGGGGCUGGGGUGUGGAGAUGCCCCCUCAUUGCCUGCCGGAGAGCAGGUCCCAAGCACUGACAGGGCUCGCCCCCCACACACCCCCACCCCCCAGGAUGCCCACUCAGCUUCCCCACAGCCCUGUACAGACCUGUGUGAGCUCGUAUUCAGUUUUGAGCCUCUGCACUUUGGAGUCCAGUCAGGUAGCCAUGACAAAGCUUGGGCAAGUGUGUGUUUCUGCAGCACACAGGCUGGCCGUCCAGUCUCUCCCAGCCCAGCUCUGCCUCCUGGCCCUGCUGGGAGGGUCCAGGGCGCUGGGCCAUGUCCUAAUAGUGGCCAUGUGUGCACCUGACCCGGGGUUUCCAGAUUGAGCAGGUAGCAGGGCCCCAGGGGAACUGAGGGUGACACUGGUGAGGACACCUGUGUCCAGAACCAGGGGCUUCGGUCAGGACAAGGCUGGCUGGUGCAGAAUUGGUUCAAUUUUGCUUUUUCAAAAGAUCUUCCACAAGGAAAUGAAACUAGCUGAGGUUUUCCUUGUUUUAGCAAGGGAAAAUAGCACUUUUGAAGUUUAUGCCUAGGGAGGCAAUGCUGGGGUGUUUUCACUUGGGGUCCCCACCUAACUGGAUAAGGCUGAAUGCCCAGCCCUGCGCCAGGCCUGCACCCUCCCUCUGCCCGUCAGGCAGGAGGCAGCAGGACAACCUGGUCUGGAAAAGGACUGGUGGGCCCAGAGGGGAGCCCACCCUCCAUUCUACCCAGACGGCAGGAUGGCACCAGGGAUGGCGGCUGAAUGGUGGGAAGGAUGAAGCCUGGGAGCAGGCGGGAGCUGGGGCAGAAGCUUGUGGAAGCUCUGCACUCUCACAUGCUGGACCUGGGUGGCUUGGGGUUCUGCCCUCACCCCACCAGAACUGGGGGGUCUGCAGUUGUGCCCCCAGCACCCAUUGCUGCCCGCUCUUUAGGCCAAGUGUGACUGUCACUGUGCCCCUCGCUGUCACUGCCUCGUGUGAGAAAAGCGAUUAAACCUGCUUGUGCUCAGA